AUGACCACUACUUCUGCCAGAACCAUUCCUCAAGGAAGAAUUGAAACCAUCACUUCGGAAGAAGAAUUACGCUUGAAAGAACUUUGGGCGUAUAUCUUGAAUUUCUGGGGCAGACCAGCGAAAAUCCCUACUUCCAGUGAGGGUAAGAAAUUGUUGAGAGCCUCUUGUACCCUUGGAAACGAAUACGAAGAUGCCACUAUCGACAGUGCUGCCAGUGGUGCUGCUGCUGCCACCGCCGAUGCCACCAGUAGCACCACUGCCAAAGAGAAGAAAAGUGGUGGGAAAUUCUCAAAAUUCAAAUUAGGGAAAAAGAAAACCAAGGAGACUAGUGCCACCGCCACUGCCAGCCCAGCAGUGAGUCAAAAUGGCACUUUUGGCCACAAAAGAGUCGGUUCUCUUAGUGAAUCGAUCAAACAAAUCCCUUCGAAAGUGGAAAUUGAAGGGAGAUACACCGACGAGAUGGUGCAUGGGGCCCUUAAAGAUUUGAAACCCGAUGAGAUGUAUGAGAAUUUCUGGAGUUUUUUGAGGCUCGACUCCCCAGAUAAUUUGGUGUUGCGAUUCUUGCGUGCCAGAAAAUGGGACGUCGAUAAGUCGUUGGCGAUGAUCAGCAACACUUUGCAUUGGAGAAUCAAGGAUUCCCAGAUUGAUAGACACUUGAGAGAAGGGGAAUUGAAACUUUGGGAAGAGUAUAUCAAUAGUGAUAAGACCAACAACGCUGGGGUGUUCAAGAACUACGAAUUAAACAAGUCUUACAUCAGAGGGUUUGACAAGCAAGGUAGACCGAUCGUGGUGGUUAGACCAAGAUUGCACCAUUCUUCCGAUCAAACCAUCGAAGAAAUGCAAUUGUACACCUUGAUGGUGAUUGAAACCGCGAGAUUAUUCUUGAAAGAACCGGUUGAUUCUGCUUCGAUCUUGUUUGAUAUGAGUGAUUUCUCAUUGUCUAAUAUGGAUUACUCCCCAGUUAAGUUUAUGAUCAGCGCGUUCGAGGCGCAUUAUCCUGAGUCCUUGGGGGUGUUGUUGAUUCAUAAGGCCCCUUGGGUGUUCAGUGGUAUUUGGAACAUCAUCAAGAACUGGUUAGAUCCGGUCGUGGCUUCCAAAGUCAAUUUCACUAAAAACACCCUGGAUUUAGAAAAAUUCAUCGAAGCCGAAAAUUUGCCGGCAUCUCUUGGUGGUAAGGACGAUUUCGAGCCAACUUAUAUCGAACCAAAAGAAGGUGAAAAUGAUUUGGUGAUCAAUGACUCGCCAGAGAAGACUCAAUUGAUCAAGGAACGUGAAGAAAUUAUUGAGAACUUUAUUGUCACCACUUUGAAAUGGAUUGAAGCUGAUGAUUCUGCGGAGAGUGCCGGGUUCUUGGAACAAAGAAUCAAGAUCGGCAAACAAUUGAAUGAUAAUUACAUUAAGUUGGACCCAUAUAUUAGAGGAAGAAGUAACUUUGAUAGAUUAGGUUUGAUAAAUUUUUGUUAA